UAGCCCCAAUUCUCGUUCAUACUCUCCUCUCGCCCUCGACUAUUUGAUACUUAGCCUAAAAAAUCGCAGAUAUUGCUUCAAAUUCCUAACUUAUCUCCAACAGCUUCAUUCCUAAUUGGCUAAUUCCUUCCAUUGAUUAUCUUCUGUCCUUCCAUUGAUUAUCUUAUUUCCUUCCCGAUGGUGAUGAUCACUUUCUUUCUCUCAAUGCAAUCCUUUCCUUUGAUUGCAUGUCGGGAAAUCAGAGAAGUCGAUUCAACUGGAAUGUUGAAGCUGCAUCUAAAUACGAGGUAGGUGGUAAUUUUAUGUUCAUUCUCAGUCUACAGUCUUCGAUCUUACUCAGCUUCUCUGCUUCUGCCUUCUAGUUCUGGUUAUCGACUUCAGAAUUUCAUCUUCUUACUGAUUUAAUCAGUGGCUCUGUGAAUACGAGAUAUUAUUGUUGUCCACAAGGGGUUGGAGGCUUCAAGUGUAUUACCUGGGUGGUGUUUUCAUUCUCGCCGUUGUUCUCUAUGUCUGGUCAAGGUAAUUGAAAUUUCAUUCUCUGUUUGUUGAGGUCCUUAAAUUAAUCUUGCUCUUACAUUCUUACUAAUUGAUCUCUCUGUAUGGUCAAGGUAGUUGAACCAACUACUGCUACUCAACUUUAAUGGCAAUGGUGCAAACAGAUCUAUGGUUGCACCUGCAAUCAAUAGCAACAAUAAAAAUGGGGAGACUAUCCCAACAAUAGUUGCUCCUACGAACCAGCAAAAUAGUAAUGUUGAGGAGGUAAUUGAUCUUGGUAAGCUUAAAAGUCAUGUUUGGGCCCACUAUACCCAGGUUCGAUUGAAUAGUGUCGUGAAGGCUAAAUGCAAAUACUAUAAGAAGUUGUUGAUUGGGAAAUCUAACAAUGGCUACCCAUCUAAGGAACCAUACCAGAAUCUAUGUUCAAAAGAAAAUUAAGUAAGAGAACCACUAUAAUUAUAAUACUAGAAGGAUAUGAAAAUACUAAGAACUAUAUUAAAAGGAUAAGAAAAUAUAAGAGUAUUCCUAAUUUAUCUCUAACAAGCCCCCUGCAUGAUGAUGGUGCGAAGAACAACAUCAAUCUUGACCAACAUACGCCAAUCUUGAAGAACACGCCCCGUAAUGUGAUGGUAUAGAAUGUGAUGCAAACUCGUCGAACUCUUAUGCUUGAAGAGUGAUGCCAACUAACCGUCGUCUUGGAUAAGAAGAAAUCAUCAAACUUGAAAUUCAUAUAUUGCAACCAAACUCACUCGCCAUUAGAAAUUGACCGAAAACGAGAUUAAUUAAUUUGUUUUGACGAUACCAAUAAACGUAAAUUGGUGUAUGAAAUGAGAGAUUCAUCUUGAUGAUCGUUGUCGGAGAAGCUUUCUUCGUUCAAUACUGAAUGUAGUGCUGUGAUUCAGAAUAAAUUACUAGAAAAGAGGGAUGAUCCAGGCAGUUUCACCAUUCCAUGUGUCAUUGGAGGUACAGAGUUCGAUAAAUCACUGGGAAUUAAUUUGAUGCCAUACUCAGUCUACAAGAAAUUGGGACUGGGAGAUGUUCUUAAGCCUACUCGGAUCACUCUCCAAUUGGCCGAUCGAUCAGUGAAAAUUCCAAAGGGAGUGGUGGAGAAUGUAUUGGUGAAUGUGGGGAAGUUUAUUCUCCCAACAGAUUUUGUAAUUCCAGAGAUGGAAGAAGAUAGGGGAGUGCCUCUCAUUCUUGGUAGACCUUUUCUAGCCACUGGCGAUGCACUCAUCGAUGUCGGGAGUGGCAAGUUGACAUUCCGAGUAGGUAAGGAGGAGGAAAUUUUUAAUGUCUUUCAAGUUGACCAUAAUCACGAUCCAUUUGAUGACUUUGAAAGUGGAGCUCGAGAAAGGAAAAAUUCAUCUUCCUGUGAUAGUGGACCAUCCGAAGAACUAUCACCUAUCCUAUCUGCUCAGAUUCUGAAAUCAAAGCAAGGGCAUAAAUCCUUGCCAGGUCACCUCAAGUAUAGAUAUUUGGGUAAGGAUUUCAAUCGUCCUGUUAUUAUUCCUUCUUCACUGACAUUGAAACAGGAAGAGUACUUACUUGAAGCGUUGCAUUACCACCUACGCCUCACUAAAGGGUCUAACAUGCCAACUAAGAAGGUCAUACCCAAUUUUCGCACACCUGGCCCUGCAGAGAUGACUCAUAUGUUGGAUGGAGGUUAUGCGUUCUAUCAUUUCUCGGGAGGGUAUUCUGGAUACCUUUCCAUACCCAUUGGUUGAAAGCUCCAUGAACGUCAGGCUGAGGACGUUAAACAAGCGCUUCUCGGGAGGCAACCCAAGGUGAGUUUUCUUUUCUUUAUUUUUUUCUUUUUUGUUGUGUCAAACCCGUGCAUGUUUAGAUUAGGAGUUGAACAUUAGGGACAAUGUUCCAUCCUGAGUGUGGGGUGGUGAGUCUUAGUGUUGUUUGUCCCUAUUGCGUGUGGUAAAAAAAAACUGUCAUUUGGGUUGAGCACAGCCAAACUGCAUGCAGUUUGCCUGUGUUGGUGCAGUCUGUCUGUGCAAAGCUAAUGGCUAAAAAACACCUAAAAAUCAGAAAAAAUAAAAACAAAAUAUUGUACUCUUGUGGUAACAUGAUGUAAAUGACCAUGAUGCCUUGAAAAUGAGUUUGUGCUUGAAGGAAAUCAUCAAAAUCACCCCCACUAGUGUUGAAUUGCAUAGUUCUUCACAAUGGCUUGAUGUUUUGACUGACUUGAUGUGCUUUGAAUGAGCAAACUCUUUUAGCAACAUUCUCUUUUGUGAGGAUAGUGUAAUGACUUUUGGUGAAGUAGUUAGGUGGAGAACAUUGACCAUUCGACAUAUUUGGAUACCGUGCAUACUUGCAGUUGUUGUGAGCGUUUGACUUUGCAUUGAGUCUCUCUGUUUUAAAAGGUUUUAUGAUGGGGUGAACUGUAUCUUUAUAAGUGAGAAAAUCCUACAUGACAAGUAAAAUAUAAGAAAGUUGCCAUAACAAUUAAAGUGUGGGUAAAAUACCAAAAUCGUGUGAGGCAAUCACUCAUUGUACAUGGGGAUUAGGAAUGAUUCAAUUGAGAAUCGGUUUGCGACCGUACGAUGUUGCUUAUCAAGUAUGAUCCCCAGUUGAGUGAAGUGUCAUUUGAGGAUGUGCAAUGACCCUCCACACGGACCGAGAAAAAGGAGUUAAAAGAAGCCCUUAUGCGAGUGCUAAGAAGCAGAAAUUGCUCUUGCUCGGUCACCGGUAGUAAGAAACAAAUCACACUUGUACUACAUACGACCACUCGGCAAGCAAAAUCAGAAAGAGAGAAAGUCUCUCCUUGUCAUAAAAGGUAGUGAUGUGCUUAAAGUUAAAAUCAUGUUUGCGAAAGGCUUCCCCCAUUAGUUUUUGAGACUCAUGCUUUGUUAAUUGCUUAUGAUUGGUGUGAGUAAGCCAGAUUGUCCUCACGAGAUAUGCACCUCACUGAUGUGGUUAGAUUCUCCUAAUAAUUGUUGCACCAUAAGUUGUUAAUCACCCACUACCGACGAUCGGAAUUGAGUGUUGCUAUUUGAGUUUUUUGUGGAUUGGAGUCGGUCAAUGUUAAAUGGUUGCAAAGACCUUGAGUGUGGGGUGAAUGGUAUGAUCAUUAAAUCACAACUCAUUCGUUGAGAAAGAAAUUACUGAUUAUCACAAGAAUGCAAGGAUAAAUAUCUGGUGUUGAUGUUGUGUUUUGUGUGCCAUCGGUCUUGUGUUUUGAGCAAGGUGUCACUCUGUGGUAUGUGUUGUGUUUCUCCAAUUAUCGUUCUCUUGUCUAAGUCGUUGCUUAGGGUCAAGCACGUAUUGAGUGUGGGGUUCUGAUAAUUGUCGAAAACAUAUUGAUUUCAUGUGCUUAAUGUGAUUAUUUCAUAAUAUGUUUGAGACAUAUAAUGCUUGUUUUAAGGCCAACUGACUCUGGAAUGGUUGUAAGACCAUUACCAUCAUGUGUUAGAAUUUUGAUAUAUUUUAGGUGGAAAGAUAGAAAUUGUGAAAGUACAAGCAGGCAAGUCAAACACAGAUCAAGUCUAUGAUCGAACCACUUUGGACCGGAUUCUUGACCUACUCCCGUUGGAUGAAGGGACAGCUGCAUUUGAGAUUAAUUAAAGAAAUUAUUGGACCGGUUGGGGGAUUUAUUUGGACACACACAUAAUUGGGCCAGGAAUUCUUGCUGGAGGGGGAAUUAAUUGGCCAUUCUUGG